AAUGAGCUUUUUAUAUAGUUCACCAAACUUCUCAUCAAAACUCAGCUCUGAAUUUGUAAAAAUUCAAUUUUCUCAAUCAUUUGUUAUAUGUUUUGUUGUAGGAAAAAUAUGAGUAAUUUGAGUAGUAAAGAUUUGUUGACUAGCGAUGAAUCUAUCAUUGAGCCUAGUUUUAUAGAGCAAACAAAGAAAUCUCAUAAAAAUUUUGCAAUUGUGGAGGAAUCUUCAGAUGAAUCUAUCAUUGAGCCUAGUUUUAUAGAGCAAACAAAGAAAUCUCAUAAAAAUUUUGCAAUUGUGGAGGAAUCUUCAGAUGAAUCUAUUGAUUUAAGUUCAGAAUUCAUAGCAUUCAAGGAAAAGUCUAAUAAUUCUACCCAAAACUUGAGAUUUGAAGAAUCCAGUUAUGAAAGCGAAUUUAUAUCUCCCAUCAAAAAUGAAGAUAAUAAUAGAUCCAGGAAAAGAUUAAAUCGAUCAAUUUGUCAGGUUCUUUCUGAAGAACCGUCUACGAGUGGGGUUUGCAACACUCCAGAGCAAAUUUCCAAACGACUCGAUAAUACAUCUUCAGCAGUGAAACAUAAAAGAGACCAGAUUUCUACCCGAAGUGAGUCUGAUGAUGAAUGGUUUUCCAUAUCUACAUGGAAAUCGAAUUCUAUCCAUAAACCUUUUGAUAGCAGCUCGGUAAAAAUAUCUGAUGAUGAUUCUGAUGAGGUGAGUUGUUUGAACAAGGUAUGA